UUAUUUGUUUGUUUGGGUUUUUGUUUGGUCUUUGUAGUGUGUGUUUGUAGAUUUGAUAGUUUGAACUAGGUCGGGUAAAGUCUGUAAGUCUACUGUCUGGUCCACACUCCGGAACAGAAGGUGGCGGUAAUGCACCAAGAAGCUGGAUGCCAACCGCCGUAAAACAAGAAGAAGAAGAAGAAGAAGAAGAAGGUACAGGUGACACAGAGUGCAAAGCAUUCUAUGUGUCAAGUCAAACUGGAAGGAGCUGAAAACUAAAGGAGAAGCAUUUACGCACAGGUCCUACACUCAGCUGGGGCGGAAACAAUCUGCGGCUGCAGGUUUGCCACCGGCGGCAUACAUGGGGACACACGCAGCACUGAGGAGGAACUGAGAAUGAAUGACCGAGUUCAAACAAAGUGGUCGUGAGUUUCUGUUGGGAAAGCAUCAAAAUCUGCAGCAAACUGCAGGAUUGCCUUCAUCUCCAAAAUCCGGGUUGCAGCCGGUUUUUCACCUUAAUCUAUCAACUAAACGUAUGGACUUAUGGAAGUUGCCACCUCUGUAUCUCAUGAAUUUGUGACCACUGCAAAAUAAAAGAGGGAAAAGAAAGAAAGCAACUGUCUGAUUGAUGAGUGGAGUCCUGCUCAAACCCUGGGUAGAUGAAACAUCCUUUUUCAAGUGGGGAAACUGCACAAACUGUGAGAAAAAUCAUCAAUGAGAAUCACCUGUCAUUGAAAGUGGGAGGACACUUGACACUAUGGGAGAGUGCAAAGAACAGAGAGUGAUUGGCAGGAGGAGGAGAGUCUGACGGAGGAGCAGAGGAAUGUUGGCAGCCAUUUAGUCUGAGCUCAACAACGGAGGAAACAUGGAUUCUUCACAAAAAAAAUGUAAACACAGCAAUGGAGUGAGAUGUCGGACCUCUGAGAAGGAUAAGGAUGGUUCAGCAACAACAGCAAAAAGAGAUGAAUCACUCAGUUGUGAGCAAUGUGGCAAGACUUUUAUCACAGCAACAAAGCUCAGAAUUCACAAACGUAUUCACACUGUGGACAAACCAUUCAGCUGUGAUCAGUGUGGAAAGGCUUUUACUCAGAAGUGGAGCUUAAAAAGACAUCAACUCAUUCACAGUGGAGUUAAAACAUUCAGCUGUGAUCAGUGUGGAAAGGCUUUUAAUCAGAAGAGUCAUCUGGCAAAUCAUCAACUCAUUCACAGUGGAGUGAAAUUGUUCAGCUGUGAUCAGUGUGAGAAGUCUUUUACACACAAGCGUGCGUUAAAAAGACAUCAACUAAUGCACAGUGAAGUUAAACCAUUCAGCUGUGAUCAAUGUGGAAAGGCUUUUACUCUGAAGAGUCAGUUAAAAAGUCAUCAACUCAUGCACAGUGAAGUUAAACCAUUCAGCUGUGAUCAAUGUGGAAAGGCUUUUACUCUGAAGAGUCAGUUAAAAAGUCAUCAACUCAUGCACAGUGGAGUUAAACCAUUCAGCUGUGAUCAGUGUGGAAAGGCUUUUAUUUACAAGAGUUACUUAAAAAGUCAUCAACUCAUUCACAGUGGAGUUAAACCAUUCAGCUGUGAUCAGUGUGGAAAGGCUUUUAUUUACAAGAGUUACUUAAAAAGUCAUCAACUCAUUCACAGUGGAGUUAAACCAUUCAGCUGUGAUCAGUGUGUGAAAACCUUUACUCAACAUGAACAGUUGUUGAUCCAUCAAUGCCCCCAUUCUGGUAGAAAGCGGUACCACUGUGACUCCUGUGAAAAAACUUUCAAGCACCAACAGAGCUUAAAAUGUCACCAACGCAUCCACACUGGCCAUGAUGUGUGGAUAUGUGAUCACUGUGGCAAACUAUUUGUAAUGUACUCACAGUUAAAAGCUCAUGAAGUGACCCACACUGGGGUUAAACCAUACAUUUGUCACCAGUGUGGGAAACGCUACAGCUACAAUGCAAAACUCAAAAUUCACCAACGUGUCCACACUGGGGAGAGACCAUACAGAUGUGAUGAGUGUAAGAAGACUUUUACAACUUUGGGUUCCCUGAAACGACACCAGCAGAUCCACACCAGAAAGAAAGCAUUCAAUCAGUGUCACAGUGAGAACAGAACAGAUGGACAACACCCUCAGACUUGUCAGCACUCUUCCAAUGGUGAACAUUGCUGCUUUGACCAGUCUGGACCAACGUCCAACCAACAAGGAACCCUACAACGACACCAGCGUAUGCACACUGGACACAGACUGAACCCCUGCCAAGAAGAUUUGUCCAUGCAGGGUUCAGUAAAAGUUCUUGAAGUCCUCCACAAACUUAGAGUCCUUGAGAUCCGGCUUCACAGAAUUCAGGUCUAAUUUCUUGUUUAGUGUCUUCAUUGCUUCGUUGCAAAAUCCAUUAAGAGGAAAGCUGUCGUUGACAGACGUGACUGGUAAAUUAAUGAAACCAUUCAAAGUGGUUACUCAGUUAAAUGCAGGGCUUAAAGUUUUCCGGCGCAUGGAAAUGUACCAUUUAAAAAAAUUCAUCCAUCUCCGUCCCGAAGGCUCCAAGCAUGUGCGUCAUUGUGCAUUCAGUUGCUCUGCUUUAAUCAAUCAAACUCCAAAUCCUACAUUAAAAAAUAUAAACCCUCUGUCCAGGCAUGCGACUUUCUGAUAGAACUUUUAUCCAAUUACAGUUUUCUAACUGCGAGUGCGCAUCGACUGCUGAGUGCACGAUGUGCUGCACCCUUUUGGUUCGGCAUCGUCAGUGCUGCUGAGCCACUGAUAAGAAAUAACAGUAUCCCACAAACAAAAUCCAAAUGUGCAAUAUUUGUUGGUGUUUUUUGUAAUUAUAUUUAAAGGGAAUUACUGGAAACACAUUGAUAUAUAUUGCAUAUUAUUUAUUUUAUUUCUGCUUGGACUGUAGACCCAUUCCACGUGUCCCAGCCCUGUGGCUGCCUGGUCUCUCCAGAGCGCACGGAGCUCCAAUCUGUGAGUGGUGCGGUGAAGAAUCGAGCAGCUGAUCACUGGUCAAUAGCGUUGGAGCUUGUGUUUAGCUCAAAGACGCAGAUACUAAAGUUUGCUCAGACUUUGUGUGACAGAGGAGAGAGGAUGUGUCUCUGCUGAUUAACAAAGAGAGCAGCCGCUGCCGCGAUCCCUGAGCCGCGGUGCGUUGACUCGCCCCAUUCAGUGGCGAUCCGCGUGCAUGUCCCACAAUCCCCAUGGUUUCGCCACAAAAUAAAAACAAACGGGCUUAGAUAUUGAAUUUUAAAAAGUAACAAAAACAGAAGGUGUUGAUUUUGUUUGAUUUCUUAAUCUUUAAACAUUUUCUAUGUGUUUUACAACAGCAAAAGGAAAAAAGGAAACAUUUAUUUAGUUUGCUGGAUUUUAUUUUGAAAGGAAAAAAAUCAAAGAUCAAGCCAUACGGAUUUGUCCCAUUAUUCUCCUCAGAACAUCUGUUUAGUUAAAUAUGCACAAACUGAAUGUAGCUUAGGUGAUAUGAACCUUUUUGAUUUGAGGACAUAUAGGAUGUUUGUAAUCAUGAGUUAAAUAGCUCUCAGCAGAUUUUCUGACCUUAUGCAUCUGAAUGAUGUGUAGCCACAAACAAAAAAUCUCCAAUCUUAAGCAAAUAUUGUUAGUAAGAAAAGAAUGAACGUAUGAGUUGUGUGAAAUGAAUAAUGGAUAGAUAGUUAAAUAAGAAUGUUCUUAGCCUGCUUUUCACCGUUUUUUCUUUCCAAAAUAUAGAUAAAAAAUAGAAACAUUUAAAUUGAAAGCCAACUGAACAAAUUAUACAGUGAAUACAUUUUUUUCCCUUACCAAAAACAAACAAAAUAUGUGUCAGUUCAAAUUGAAAAUCAAAUGAUUUAAACUAAUCACACAGAUUAUUGAGGUGUAUCAAAUGAGCACUUACUAACAUGCGUAUGUGUGGUUAUGUGCUACAGAGGGCUUCUUAAUCACAUCUGUGUGAGAAAUGGGCUGACUCCAGAGGAAAAGGCCAGAGUAGAAGUUCUUCAGCAUGAGCAGUCCAUUGCUGCCAGGACCCAGAUAAACCAGAUCAGGAAGGCCCGGACUUCUUUGCUAGUUACAGAGUUUGAGAGAGUCAGCAUCAUGAUCAGCUUAUUCAGAGGUAUCUUAUAUUGUGAGGCAAUAACUAAAAUUGCUUUUAAGAGUUAAUACUAGUACUUUUAUUACCUGCUGAAAUACAAAGUUGGUAUAGCAAGUGACAUAUGACAGUUUAUUCUCUUGUAGUGUUCCAGAGAAUAUUAAAUUUUUUCAAACAGUAUUCUCCAAGCACUUAUAUUCUCUUGAGACUGACACUUGAGAUAAUGUUGUAAGUAAAAAUUGUGCCUUAUGAAGGAAAGCAGCAGAGUUUUGUAGCAGUUUUGUUGUGGUUGGUGUUGUUUUGAGUUCUUGUUAAAUCUACUGAAGAAAUAAAAUUAUUAAAAUUAUUAAUAAUGCAUGUACUUGGUUUUCAUGAUUUUUCCCCUUUACACUAAAAUAAAUCUUUGCAAUUAUAGUGAUGUGGUAUUGAAACAUUAACACAAAAAAAAUCUGACUUUUGGCACUUUCUAAAAUGUCUUAAGUUUUGGCCAAGUAAGGUUUUACAUUUGAGCAACAACAAAAUAGUGGGAUCAUAAUCGGCAUCAUUUCCACCAGAUGACCUCAUAUUUGCUCUGAAUUAAUAGAAUCUCAUAUAUAUUGUGUUUUAGUGAGUUUUAAAAUACAUUUAAAUACGUUUAUUGACAGUAUAAAUUGGAUCUUAGAAGUUCAGGCUCAGGAUUUUUUCUCACUUUAAGCCCUGAUUUAAUUUCUGAUUCCUUUGUUCUUGAUUUGAUAAACUUUGCGUACAGGUUGUUCUUCUUUUUGCAAGCCUUUUUUAAGCCUGUGGUUAACCAUGGGCAAUCUUUGUAUCUAUUCUUCUUCUUAUCAUUUAUAAUAGGACAGUAUUUAUUAAAUGACAUAAUGAAUAUUUCUAAAAAGUUCUCAUAUGCACUGUCAGCAUUUUCUUCAUUGUACACUGAACUCCAGUCCUGUUCCAACAGGGCGUUGAACAGCGCAUUAGUUGUUUGUUCAGUCUGUAAAUGCUUCUGGCUAGCUAUCUUGAAUUUUGUUUUUUCCUACAUUUCCAGUCUUUUAUCGUGAACACAGGUAAGUGGUCUGAUAUGUCACAGAUCAGCAAUCCAUUUGUGCAUCCAUAUUGAGUGUCAUUGGUAAAAAUAUUAUCGAUUAAAGUAGCACUGCUGCUUGUUAUUCUACUGGGUUUUGUAAUAGACGGAAAAAAGCUCAUACUAUUGUGGGAAAUGGUGUGUUUUAUAAUUGCUCAGUGUGCAUAUUAAAGAGUUGUAUUGGUUCUGAGGAAUAGGAAGGUCAAGAGCAUCAUUACCAUGGUGUGACUGUAAUGAAACAAAGAAGAUAAGUCCAGCUUUAUUUUACUUAUUACUCGUGAUUGAAACCAAGGAUGAUCAAGACAUAAAGUGAUUGAUAAUCAAAGUACAGACAGUUUUUGAUAAUAAAGGUACAGAUAGUUUUUGACGUAAGCUGUAAUCAGUAAAGAACAUGAGCGAGUUGUAUGUGCAGUUUCUAAUCUUGCUUUGCAGAAGCGAAGUCAUUCCUACGUGAGCGUAAUGACAAAACAUCUGCUGUGACAGAGGACAGCGGAACAACGCAGCAUCGGAAGGGGCGGCCGGCCUUGAUAGAUAGCUAUACACACUGUUAGAGUAUAAGAAGACUGGGUCAGGAACAGUUAGCGGUCUGAUUCCAUCCCAACUGACUGAACACUUAUUGACGGUUAGGGACAGAGGAUUCAGGCCCAGAGCUCUGUAUCGCACAUUCAAUUUUGCUGUAAUAAAUACUUUUGAUUUUAAGAAGAAGUCUCCUGACUACUCCAUCAAAAGAACUGGGCGGAAACAGCCUUACACAUAUUUUGUUGGUUUGUUUAAUUGUAGGAUAGGCUGAUUUCCAACAAUUUGGUGCCGUGACCCGGAUGGAGAAGGAGAAUUGACAAUAGACGUACAUUUGAACAAACAACGGACAUACAAAGGACUUUUUGACAACUUGGGCGCCCUAUAAAAGGUAAGCAGACGCCUGUUGACAUCAAAGUCUGCUAUUGGCUAUUCCAAAACUGUUGUCAGAAUUCCUCCUGUGUGUUCAGGUAUACAAAAUUGAAUGUGCUUCUGGAAGAAAUGAAAAUGAUGAAGAAGUGCUAAGGUUAAUGGAAAUAAAAAGGAUGAAAAUGAUGAAGAAGCGCUAAGGUUAAUGGAAAUGGAAAAAGUCACUGAUCCACAGAGGAUAGAAUCUCUGGCUGGAUACUCUGUUCUGGGUUAGAAAACCCGGGGGGUUUAGGAGUCCCUCCAAAAGGUGGAUAGAGCAGAGGGCCUAUUCUGCAACCCGAAGUGUAAUGUAAUCCCUGUUAGGCAACAGUUUCUUAGGCUGGCAAAUAGCCUGGACGGUUUGGUAUAAGCCUGGAUCGCUGACGAGUGGUUGAAAAUACUGGGUUUAGAAGCUCUGAGGACGUGGUUCCCCUCUAAAAGCUUGAAAAUAAAAAUAUAAAAAGACAAAAAACAGUGAUGAAAGCCAGUGACUAAAAAAGUGAAUGAAAUGGACAACCGGUUUUUAUGUGUUGUUGUGUCUUGUGGAAUCUCACUGAGACAACGUGAACGGUACUGCCUCGUGUAACUGCGUCUCAGAGAGUAUGAAUGAGAGUGUGAAUGAGGAGCUCAUGUAUAACUGGAAUGAAAAGUAACUGAAUCAGCGGACAGCCUGAAACCUAACGGUGUAAACAUAAAGCUGUUGUCAGUUGAAGUAGGUUACUGAGUCAUUCAUUAGGUUCUAGGUGGGAUUUGACAGUAACUCUAAAACAAUUCUCAGUCCUGGGAUUAGAACCCCCAGCAGAAAUCCGGAAUACAACAGUGUAUUCUAGAAGCUUGAUUUCUGAGGACUCUGAAUUGGCUCAAGAAGCAUUGAUACUGGUCAAACACACCCUGUAGUACACAUUCUGAUCAAACAUGGAGGAAGAAGAACAAAAAAAGGGCAUUUAGUCCUUAGAAAAACAGUGGGAAGUAGCUGUAACUCAAUUAUUCAGUGGAGAAAAGAUUGUUUGAUGACACAAAAUUCAAAGAACUAAAAGAAUCAGGACUAAUUUUAGAUGACAAAGACCCACUGCUGUGGAAACAAUUAUCAAACUUAGAGAAUGACAUAAUCAAAGAUGGACAGCGAAAGAUGUAAAAGACUGGUUGAUGAUGAAAAGAGAACGUUGUUGAAGGCUGAAGAGAUUAAUUGAGACCUGAGGGAUAAAGUGUGUUUUGGCUCAUAAAUGGAAAGAUGGUAAAAAUCGAGUGAGUAUAACUGAUGGUAAAAAGUACGUAGGGGAAGGGAGAUGAGAAAGGUUUUCGUAUGUGUGCACAAAAUGUUGUUGUUGUUGAGAUGGAAAGAAAAGAGAAAGGGGCAACUUGUUUGCCAUGAACUUUAUGUAAUUAAAAGAACAAUAAAGAUCUGUGUAAGAUUUGAAACUAAAAAAAAAAAAAAGAGAAAAACAA